UUCGUUAUUUUUUUUCCGUGUCGACGGGCGUCUCGCGAGUGCGGAGGGCUCAUUCGGCCGCGCGCCGCCUUGGCGUUCGUAUCGCGCGCUCGCGUCACGAUGGAUUGUGUUCUGUGUGACAUGUGCUUCUGAUUUGGUGUAUUAUUUUUUUUGUGACGGACCCGUUGUGUGUAAAAGCAUGAUGCCUCUCGCACCGACCCCUGUGGUGGCGGUGCCAUCGAAGCCGAAGAUAGGAUUUAGUAUAGACAGUAUUGUGGGUGGCUCGGAGAGGCCGAAGCAGGCCUCGCCGCCGCUGGCGAGUCCUGGCUCUCCAUCGCCGGUUGCGUCCCCGAGGAGUCCUUCACCGAGACCUUUAUUGAGGCCGAGUGCGUUGCCUGCGGUGUUUCCUUCUCCUGAGUUGAAGAGGCUACCUUACUUGGACGCUCAAAGUCAUCACCACCAGUUUCUGGCGCACUUCCAAGGAGCUGCUCUUGCCGCGGCUUUGGCGCACCAGCAGCAGGGCUUCGGAGGACCUCUGCCGCCGCAUCCACCCCCGCAUCCUGCGCCACCUGUACCCCGGGAGUCCUACACGCUGUACCCCUGGCUCAUCAACAGGCACGGCAGAAUAUUCCCGCACAGGUUUCCUGGAGGUCCAGAUAUCCCCGGCUUCCUCCUCCAGCCGUUCCGCAAGCCGAAGCGAAUCAGAACCGCCUUCUCCCCAUCACAGCUCCUGAAGUUAGAACAUGCGUUCGAGAAGAACCACUACGUUGUUGGAGCUGAAAGAAAGCAGCUAGCGCAGGCGCUAAGCCUUACAGAAACACAGGUUAAAGUUUGGUUUCAAAAUAGAAGAACGAAACACAAACGAAUGCAACAAGAGGAGGAAGCGAAGACAGGAGGCAAGUCAGGUUCCUCGAACAUGAAGCCGGACGAUGGCAGCCAGCUCAACAACUCCUACGAGGAUGAUGACGAGGAACUUAUCGAUAUGGACAUGGACGAACUCAGUGAAAGUGAAAAUGAAACGUAAGACAGUGGGACUAAGUGUUAAAAUUGUGUAAAUAUUAAUGUAAUCUAGAUGUUUAGAGUAUAGUUUUAUUUAUUUAUGAUUCUUUUUAGAGAUUCUAGCACUGGCAACGUUGGUGAUGUCUGUACUCUUGUCUCAACCUACACUGACUCCAAUAACGCACUUGCGUUUCCUAAAUUGAAAUGAAUUAUGUACACAUUUCAUCGUGAUUAGAAUAAGCCAUGCUUUACAAAUCAAGCCCAAAAUUGUCAUUAAUAAUCUUAAUUUCAACAAUUAAUUUUGGCACUUGGCAUGUCGCAAUCAAAUUUGCAGGUUUUAAUUAAAAUUUAUGUGAUUAACAAACCUCGUUUAUCAACGCACACCAUGAUCAAUCUUCAAAAAGUGGGCGUUAGGUGGUGUUUGCAAUAAUUUAUAUCAAUUCUAAAGCCAUUAUUGUGGCCAUAUCAUUAAAUCAACUUUAUAAAGCGGUUUCAAAAUGGCUUCCCGGGUCUUGUUAGCGUCACGGCUUAUUAGAUAACAAAAUUGGCCGUAUUAUAAUAGUUUUCGGGGUUUAAAUUAAUUAAAAAUGGCUCUUUUUUGAUGUUCAUCCAGUGAUGUGGGUAUAAUUAGACAUUUUAGAUUUGAAACGUUGAUAGGCAGGGUAUGUGGUUUCUCAACGAGCGCUGUCAACGGUGGAGAAGGAUAACAAUACGAGAGUUACGGGUGUUAGAGUGAGAUAGGUGUAAUAUAGAGAUGAAGGCGAUUAUGGGUGCGUUCAGGGCCCUAUUAUUAAGAGAUGCGUUCGUAAACUAUCGCGUUCUCGAAUCGCGUUUCGUAAUUGCUCGCGACGUAACCAAAUUGUUUCUCGACCCGUUGACGAUUGUUCUCAGCCACUAUUUGUCUACGCGUUAGGAAUUUAACGAUAUAGAUCUUUCUGUUGUUGAUGAUUUCUUUGACGCGUUGCUUAACUGUUUAGUUUGACUAACGACGUGUCUUUACUAUUGUUCUAAUGUGUCACUUGUUUUUUAUUUCUUUACAACUCUGUGCUUGAAUUUUUAUGGCCAUUAUCAAUUGUGAAGUCCAGUUUUUAUUGUGAUGUGACCAGUGACUGUUUUGAAUUCAUUCGAUCGACCGAAAAUAAUAAUGAAUUCGCACUAAUCGUGCGUUUGCCCAUUUUAUGGCAGAUUAUAGUUCAACGCUAAAAUUUUAACGGUCAAUUAAUCGAUUAGCAACUAAGAUUCUGCUUAAUUAAAUUUGAACUAGUUGGGAGAAAAUUGUGACUGGACUCUUUAACUUAUAAUUUUAUGUUUUCUUUGAGUUUUUUGACGAAAUUUAAGACUGUAAUGUGCUGGAUCACUUCCCAUUGUAUUGUUGACUAUGUUACUUCAUAGGCUGUGGCCUUAAACCCAAGUUUAAACGAGCGAUUAUAAGGCUAAUUUGUAUUUUCCUUUCCGUCUUUUGUUCAUAUGAUUUACGAUUACGAGUAUCGAGUUCUCGCCGAAUCGAUUUACUGACUGAAUCGAUUUUACAAAACAAACUAUUUUGUUUUUGUUUUUGUUCUGUAACCGUGUGGUUAUGCCAUGUUUCAAAAUGUAGUUUUUUAAAAACAUGCUAAGGUAAUAUAUUUUUAAUUGCUUGAUACUGUUUUGUGGAAUUUUGUUUCGAUAAAAAGAUACGAGUUUUUGAUUUUACAUUAUACUUCACUUUUAUAC